CUUUUCGUGGCCCUGGAUUAUGUUUAAAGACGCUACCCGAGGACCCACGAGACUUACAGUCCAUUUGCGGAGCUGUGUUUAUGGAUCAUGUGUGUAAUAUAAACAUAAAGUACGUUUCGCCGCUCCGCGCGCACUGGGGUUGAGCUGAGUUGGCAACAGGAGCCCACCUGUAUUUAAUCACAAAGACAGCAGACAGACAUGCAACUUCAGGGGUGACGCUCAAAGGUGAAAAGUCGCGAUUAAGACUCGUUAUAAUCGCCUGUGAUGAGAUCGAGUUAGUGAAAAGUCACAGACGUGAACUCACCGAUGUUUUUCCAAGCACGCGGGUGCGUUUCACUGCGCGUGAUGGGACAGCGGAGUGUGAGACAGCUCGAGGGAUAAGAGACAGAAAUGCUUGAUUCCGCUCUUGAAUUUUUAAAAGCGUUGUGGAACUCUUCGGGCUGUUGCCAUGACUGCAGCGGUGUAGCAUUUCUGCGCAGCCUGGACCUCAGGCAAACACAUCAGCCCCCAAACUGAGUGAUUCUCUGCCUGGGAGAAAAGUCCAGUUACAGUUCACAGCUUUUAACUUAAUCCUAUUUGCUUAUGUGAUCCUUUAUCCUUUGGAGAAUAAGCCACAGGAGUAAAGCAUUCGUUUAUGAGCAUGGUCGCACACCUAUGUUUAUAGGAUGACACUCAACACACAGAAAGAGGGAAAGGAACCACUAAGGAGAAGAGCGAGCUCUCCCAUACCCUCCUCUCGUCAAGCGGGCCAGGGAGGCAGAGACCCCUUGACUGACCCGUAUCACCCUCCGCUCGCCCAGUCAGCCUCAUACCAACCCGGAGACAAGAGCAUCCACUCACAGACCAACUGGUCUUCAGACUCGGAAUCGGACAGUUCUGGUGCAGAGUGUCUUUAUCGUGUGGUUUUGUUGGGGGACCACGGGGUGGGAAAGUCAAGCCUUGCCAGCAUUUUUGCCGGAAUACAGGAGAAGGAUGCCCACAAACACAUUGGAGAGGACACAUAUGAAAGAACCCUCACAGUGGAUGGGGAGGAAACAACCCUGUUUGUGAUGGAUGCAUGGGAAACAGAAAAGCAGGAAGAAGAUGAGAAGCGGGUGCAGGAUUACUGCAUGCAGGUGGGCAAUGCAUACAUCAUUGUUUACUCCAUCACCGACCGCAGCAGCUUCGAGAGUGCCUCAGAGUUGAGAAUCCAGUUGCGACGCAUCCGGCAGGCUGAAAACAUUCCUAUCAUCCUUGUGGGCAACAAAAGUGAUUUAGUGCGCUCUCGAGAGGUGGCAGUAGAAGAGGGUCGGGCUUGCGCAGUGGUGUUUGACUGCAAGUUCAUAGAAACUUCCGCCUCUCUUCACCACAAUGUUCAUGAGCUCUUUGAGGGCAUUGUGAGGCAAAUCCGACUGCGACGAGACAGCAAAGAGAUCAAUGAGCAAAGACGCUCUGUCUACAAGCGACAAGAAAGCAUCACCAAGAAGGCAAGACGAUUCCUGGAUCGACUGGUGGCCAAGAACAACAAGAAGAUGGCCUUUAAAGUGCGCUCCAAAUCCUGCCAUGACCUUGCAGUGCUGUGAACCCAAAGAUGCAUAAGUUAUGUCUACUCUCAUUCUUUAAACUUUGGGUCACCUGUUUCUUUGUGUUUCAUGUAAGCACAAGAAAUGUUGUGGUCUUUCAGACACUGUAUGUUCACCUUUGGACAUUUAUUCACGUUUUUGUUAUUUAUUUGUCAAAUAUGACCAAAUGGAAUAUUGAUGUUUUUACUGAAUCCUUGUUCUGCAAUCCAAUAGAUCAGAUGUCUCAUAGUUGUUAUUAAACCAAAGGUUUUUUACUGUAUAUCACCCAACAUGUGGAAUUAGUUUUUUAAUGAACAUUUUAUCAAAGUUUUCCUAUUCAGACUGAAUAGACAAUAGUUAGAAUUAACAAGCAAUAUUAAUUAUUCAGUGUUAUUUAUACAGUUUGUCUCUCAAAGAACUAAUAUUUUCACAUUUUAUUGUUUUUUUCUAACAAAGGGAGUACUUUUUAUAUACCCUGUAAGUUAUUUGCUAUGAACAAGGCACAGCCCAUUAGAAAAGUAAAAGCUUAAAGAGCUAAGACUGAUAUUUUUUACGUAUAAGUUUAUUCUAAUAAAAAUACGUACUACAUGCCAAUCGUCAUUUAAAAAAGCAUGUGAAUAUCCUCCAUAAGCCUGUCGCUUGGAGUCUUUGCAGCUUUUUUGAAAGAGGUUAGUCAGUAAAUUUAGUAAACUAUAAAUUAUGAUGGUGUAAGAUAUUUUGCAGGAAAUUAUAAUAGAAACAAGAAUAAUAGUUUACAAGCAAUUUCUUUUUAAAUGUAUUUUUGUUUAAUCCUUUGUCACUGGAUAUUGAGAUACAAUGUUUUUUUGUACAACAGAAUGUUGUUGGUUUUGUAAAUACAU